CUAAUUCAAGUUGUUUAUAAUGUAAACACAAGUUUCAAGAUUGUUUAAGAUGGACUUAGAUACAUUUUUUUUCUCCUCCUUGUCCGUUGACUGACUAUUUGAGUUUCUUCCUUCGAUUCCAGAUUUGGAUCCAUUCAAGUUUCUUUAUUGCAUAAUUCUAAUCUCUCUUAGAGUUUGCAGUUGAAUAAAAAGCUUGUAACAAGAUCGUGAUAGAUUUCAAGAACUUCCUUUUUCCAUUGAAGUUGUGUUUUUUUGUCAGUCAUUGAAUUCUUGGUUGAUUUUAAAGUUUCAGAAUAUGGCUACUGGUGAGGCAAUGUUUAUCAAUGGCCAAAGCACGGUUUCAGUUACAAGGAGGAGUUACCAAGUUGUAAUAGCGGCGACAAGAGACAUGGGUCUUGGUAUGGACAUGAAACUUCCUUGGGAUCUACCUACAGAUUCUCAGUUUUUCCACGAUGUUACAACUAGGACAACCGAUCCCACGAGGAGGAAUGCGACUAUAAUGGGAAGAAAAUCAUGGGAAUCGACUCCUCUCGAGAUUCGUCCCCUUCCUGGUCGACUUAAUAUUGUCUUGACAAAGUCUAGCUGCCACAACAUUGCCAUUGAUGAGAAUGUGUUGGUGUGUGAUAGCAUGGAAUCGGCUCUUGAACUUCUAGCCACCGAGCCUUAUUCCUUGUCCAUUGAGAAGGUCUUUGUCAUAGGAGGCGGCGAGUUGUUAAGGAAUUAUAUGAAUGCACCCAGCUGUGAUGCUAUCCACCUAACCGAAAUCGAUAUAAGCGUGCCAUGCGACGCAUUUGCACCGAGGGUAGAUACUUCUCUGUACCAUCCGUGGUACUCAUCAUUUCCAAUUGUGGAAAAUGGAAUUCGGUAUAGCUUCAACACUUAUGUCCGAAGAAAAGAUGCCGUUGUUGGAUCCGGUGAGAAGAAAAGUGCUGCUGGAUCAGAUUUCAAGGAGUACUCGUUCUUGCCUAAGAUGGUUUUCGAGAGGCAUGAUGAGUUUGGUUACUUAAAUCUUAUUCAAAACAUUAUAUCUAGUGGAGACAUGAAUGACAACAAUACUCUUACCAAAUUUGGCUGUCAGAUGCGGUUCAAUCUGCGCAAGACUUUCCCGCUUCUCACAACCAAGAAAGUAUUCUGGCUAGGCGUUGUAGAGGAAAUCCUUCAACUUAUCAGUGGUUCAAUCAAUCCCAUGGAAAAGGGUAGUAAUAUAUGGGACAGCGAUGAAGCUAAUGAAUAUCUUAACAGUUUCGGAGUGAAUGCCACAGAAGAAGAUGGAGACCACCAACACUUGUAUGGACUCCAAUGGAAACAUACUGAUGCUAGUCAGCUCUCUGAUGUUAUAAACAAGAUAAAGAACAAUCCUCAUAAUCAAAGAAUCAUGCUUUCGGCGUGUAAUCCUUCAGAUUUAAAGUUGUCGGUAUCUCCUUGUCAGACGUUCGCACAGUUCUAUGUGGCAAAUGGUGAACUUUCUAGUCAAAUCUACCAGAGCUCAACAGAAGCGAGUAUCGAGAUUCCUUUCAGUAUCACUACAUACUCUCUUUUGACAUGCAUCAUUGCUCAUGUUUGCGAUCUUGUUGCUGGUGAUUUCAUCUAUGUGAUUGGACAAGCCCGUAUUAAUAAAGCUCGCGUCAAGGCUAUACAAAAACAGCUUCAAAUCUCCCCCAAACCGUUCCCGGUAAGCACUAUCACAACUCGUUCAUAUAAACCUUAUUUUGCUCUCUCUCAAAUCAGGAAACUAUAUAACUUCUUCUGUCUCUCCAAUGUAUUAACGGUACAAACAGAUUUUAAAAAUCAACCCUGA